UGACUGAACUGUCAGCUGAUAUUCAGAGCUCUUGUAUAUAAUGGGGAAGUUUCUGGCAAACGAUCUGCAGCAAAGAGGACAUUAAAGGCUGUAACGAUGCGUGGGAUCUUUGCUAGUUGUGCACUCACAGCACUGCUGUUGGCUGCAGCCUGGGCAGACCACCAUUUCCACCACAACCACGAUAGCGAUGGUCACAGCCAUGAUGAAGAAAUGAACUGUCACAAGCUGUCCUCUCCCAAUGCUGACUUCGGCUUUGCCCUCUACAAAAGCCUGAAUGCCAACGCUGCUGCUGGAAAGAACAUCUUCUUCUCGCCGCUGGGCAUCUCCACCGCCCUGUCCAUGCUGUCUACGGGGGCCAAGGGUGAAACCCAUCGCCAGCUGUUCUCCAGCUUGGGCUACAGUGCUCACACCCAGGCUCAGGUCAACGAAGCGUACGAACAUCUUUUCCACAUGAUGGGACACAGCCAGGAGAAUCAGAACCUGGAUGUCGGUAACGCCGUGGCCCUGCGCUCUGGCUUCAGUCCUCUGGAGGUGUUCCUGAAGGACAUCAAGCACUACUACUCUGGUCAUGUCUUCAAUGUUGACUUUACCAAACCUGCUGAGGCUGCAGCAGAGAUCAACACAUACAUUGCUGGUAAAACUCAUGACAAGAUCAAAGAUAUGGUGAAGGACCUGGACCCUGAGAUGGCCAUGGUGCUGAUCAACUAUGUCUACUUCAGAGGACAGUGGGACAAACCCUUCAAUGCCAACCACACACAAAAGGCCGACUUCAAUGUGGACGAAACCACCAAGGUUCAGGUGGACAUGAUGAAGAGGACAGGUCGCUAUGACUUCUAUCAAGACGUUGACAACCACACCACCGUCAUCCUGCUGCCCUACAAGGGCAACACCUCCAUGAUGAUCGUCCUGCCCGACGAAGGCAAGAUGCAGGAGGUGGAGGGCUACAUCAACAAGGACUACGUCAGGCAUUGGCAUGACUCACUCUUCAGGAUUUCUGUGGAUCUGUUCCUGCCAAAGUUCUCCAUCUCCACUGAUGCCGCCCUGGACAGCACUCUGAAAGGAAUGGGCAUGGCCGACGCUUUCACGGACAGCGCUGAUUUCUCUGGCAUGUCUGACGAGGUCAAACUAAAAGUCUCAAAGGUGUCCCACCAGGCCAUGCUGAGUGUGGAUGAAACGGGAACAGAGGCAGCGGCCACCACCACCAUCGAGGUCAUGCCCAUGAGCAUGCCUGAAGUCCUGAAACUCAACAGGCCCUUCAUGGUCUUCAUUUUGGAGCACUCGACCAAGAGCAUCCUCUUCAUGGGCAAGAUCAACAAUCCCACAGCCAUGUAAAGAUUCUAGGGCUAGAUGUUACGUUGGUUAUAUGUUCACACUGUGGUAAGUUUGAGUAGCAACAGGACAGAAGAUCAUUUUGACCUUAGCAUCUGAAUGCUGUGUAGAGAUGUCACAGUGAUAUUAAGAGCAUUGGGGAAUGAUGAAUGGAGGGUAGUUCGAUGAAUAGGACAACAGAUCAAUCAAGUAACUGAAAUGUCAAGUCUAUCAAUCGGCUUUCAGUCUGUCUGCGUGACUCAUUUAUUACCAUCUGUCAUCUGAACCUCGACUAGGUGUAUAAAUGUCUAAAUACAUCAUUAUGAAUUGUAUCCAGCUGACUGUUGUGUUUAUGAUAAAGAUAAAAAAAAACAUAAGUAGAUAUAUUGCUUGAAGCAUCUGCUUACACAGAGCCUACGUGUUAUUUUGCAAUUGCUGUUUCAACAUGGUGAAGUGAAGGGGAAUAAAGACUUGUCAUUAACAA